AAUCAACCACAGAUGUUAAUUCUUUCACACUGCGCACAAUGGUUCAAAACGUGAAGGACAGCUUCCUUGAUCUCGAAAGGCAUCGCCAGAUGCUUGAGGAGAAUAUUGAGAAGCUCCAGAAGUCUCUCCGCCACUGGCAGACCUGGGAAGCAGAAUACGAAGGUCUUAAAGAGGAGAUCUUAGCAGCAGAUCCUACGCCCAACCGCCAGCAACUCGUUGCUCUCGCACGCGAAUACGAUGGCCAACUCGUCAAUAAGAAGGAGAUUGAAGAGAUUCUAGGUGCCGAAACACGAGAUGCUGCCCAGGUAGUUAAUCUGUUAGACCGGAGGAUAGACUACGUGGAGAAGAAUGUCCGCACCGUGCAGAGGCAGAUCGAAACCGCGGAGAACAAGUUGGCUGCUGCCACAAUUAUAAGCACACCAGAUGUGAGGAACGAGGAAGGGCUGCCUUUGACCGAGAUUGUCGAGGAACUGGAUGAGGAAGGAAAUGUUAUCUCGAGUCAUACGUCCACCCCGGGGAGUGCGAAACCACAGCUUCUUGAAGUUCUAAGGAAGGCUGGCGUGAAGGAUCUACCCUCUUUAUCAACUGCACCGGAUUCGAGUAGCCAGCCUGCUAUCGAUAAUAUGGUUGAGAAACCCGCCGAGAAAGCAAUUGAGAAACCCGCCGAGAAAGCAUUUGCGAAACCCGCCGAGAAAGCAAUUGAGAAGACCGUGGACGCUCCGGAAGCAGCGGUCAAUCCUGCUAAGAAAGGCGUGAAGUUUACAGAAGACACAAAGGAUGGACCCGAGCCAGAGAUGUCUAGAAAUGCAAAGCGACUUGAAGAGAUCAUGAAUAUAGCGAAGCAGUCAGAGGAAAAGCCGUCCGAGCCCCCAAUAAUACCGACCAACGAGUCCCCAGAAGAUGCCGCACUUCGCAGAGAGAUGUUGCAAUACGGUCUCUCAGAAGUUGGUGCUGUCGUCGCAGAAUUAAAUCUUGAAGAUGGCAGUGAUUGGUCAGACGAGGAUUACUCCGACGAAGAAAGCAGCACAGAUGACGAAGAUCAGUAUGGUCGUUCCACAAGAAGGGUAGUAGAUGAUGAUUUGCGGCAAAGGAUGAUAGAGCUUGAGGAGCGGCUUGGCGUCAGAAUGAUGGAGAAUAUUGGGAAGAAGGCGAGCGACUACGAUCUCGUCAGGGAAGGUAUUGGACGUGUCACAAUCAAUAGAAAAGAUGACGGCUCGGCCCAGAAAGACUCACAAGUCGCCCCAGUCCAAGACGGGCAGAAUGCCAACGAUGAUUCACCUUCAGCUACCACAUCGACGAAGAAAUCUGUCAGAUUCUCUGAAGAUCUCGAUAUCUCACCCGCUCCAAAACCACCUGCAGCAGCCCCAACCCCUACUCCCAAGAAGGUACAGUCAGCUCCUAUAGGCGACAUAGUAGAGCGGACUGCACCUGUGGAAUCUAGUGCCCCAGUACCCAAGAAGAAGACAUCCCGCUUCAAAUCAGACCGGGCGUCCGCUCCUACCGUUUCGAACGGUCCCCUCGCACUUCCGAAAGCAACACCGUCUGGCCCCUCGCUUCCACUCUUCCCAGCCAAACCCUCAAAACCCAAGCCAUUCUCUCAGCCCAUCAAGUUUGCUCCUGUAGGAGAGCAACCUCGCACUGUUCCCACCGGCCCCGAAGGAAUGACUCUCGCACCUACCAUCGUUGAACGCGAUGUCCCUCUUGACACAUCUGUGCCGGAACCUGACGAACUUGAUCCCCAGCUUCUACAUCAGGAAGUAGCAACAGAGUACCACCGGAUGCGCAACAGAAUGAUCCAACGACAGGGUGGAUUUAUGAAAGAGGACGAAAGUGAGGUUGUGCCAUUCUCGGAGGAGGAAGGUGGGCCCAAGAAAAUGAGUAGGUUCAAAGCGGCUAGGCUGGCGAGAUCGUAGAGCGUCGAUUUGCGUGCUUGAUGAUUUUCGCACAAGUCGUUAGCUAUCACCUACGAAAUAGACCAACUGUUGCACCUUUCUUUUAUUCCAAAGACUUCUCGGCUUGCCCCUGUGGCCCCAAUGCUGACAAAUUACAGCGCGUCAGCAUUUUCUCUCGUC